UUAGGUUGCUCUGCACCGUUAAGAUGCUCAAUUGAUGGGCGUACUGAGCUGUGUGCAGUGAAAGGAGAUAUCCUUACGUGUUUCAUUGUAGAAAAACAAAACCAUGUUCUAUCCUGGUUACAUCACUGCUUGUUGCUGGUUUCUCCGCGACACCCUUCCAGGAGCUCAGCUGUUUUUUCUCCCUGCGCGCGGCGACAAGCGGGUUGGACGAUGCUAUUGCGGCGUUUUAAAGGGAAAAAAGCUCAUGACAGAAUAACAACACAAGGCAGUGCGUCGCCACUAGCGCCAAAUAUCAGUGUUUAUUAGUUUAAUCCGGAUGAGGGUAUCUGCGCCUGAUCUCUCUCGCACGCACGGUGGACUCGGACAUCGUAGGUACUUUGGGAGAAUUGGGUGAAACGCACCUGCCGCGAGAUAAAGCGGACCAACCGGAGCACAUGGACAUCUGCUCACAGGACCUCAAACCGGACAUUCACAUCUGAGUAUUUCCACACAAAAAAACCUUCUCUCUUGUUUCGCCGCCAUGGAGCGUUCACAGUUUUUAAUCUACAUCGGUUUCAUAUUUACUCGUCGCGGGGCUUCAAACCAGCCCGAGUAUGGGGAUGACAGCUGAUCGCCCCUCCUCUCCCGGGACUUAAAUAAAAACGCGCUCCAUCUGAAUCCGCUGCCCUCGAUCGGUCUCAGUUUCAGCUGUGUUUAACAAUAGAUGGAGCGCACAGAGCUGUGACAUUUGGUUGAUUGCCACCGUAACCCUUUCCUGAUCAGGUUACCUUCCCAUUGACUAUUCCUUCUGAAGUGUCACCGUCAUAUUUCACUGAAGGUCUUUUUCUUUUGAUUUGUAGUCAGAUUAAUUUUGCAGGUAAGGAGGUGUUGCAGCUCCGCGGAGAUGCUCUGUCAGAUCACCUCUCCACAUGGAAACUAAAUUUCUCCUCUUGGUACUUUGGCGCUAAACCCACGCCUGGGGAUGAUCCUUGAGCAGCCGAUAAAAUAAUCAGUGUCGCGGUGUCAGCAAAGGCUUGAGCUACAGGGGAUUUGUGUAGAUUAUCGCCGGACUGCUAUUUUGCUCCCUUGGUCAAACUCUUAACUGAACUUAGCGGCUUUUGAUCUGCAGCCUUUUCCCUGCUGCUGCUGCUGCUGCUGCUGCUGCUGCUCCAGCAGCCGCCUGGAAACUCCAGCAGGGCAGCCUGUUUACAAGCCACGCUAUUCAUAGGGAAAGGCUUGCAUUCAUAAGCAAUGACUGCCACAGAGGUGUUUGGACCCAGAUCUGAGGAUACGACGAGUUUGGCGCUGCUGUCACCCGGUGGAUCCGGGGGAAUGAAACGCGCUUUAAGUCUGUAGUUAACACUCCCUGUUUACUCGCAGGCUGCCUGGGAAUGCCGUCGCUGUGACGGGGGAGAAACAGACGGGCAGCCAGUUUUAGCCAGGAACAAAAACACAGCAGCGAACACUUUCCGGACCCGUUUUGACUAUCUACCGGGCGCCUACCGGAGGAUGUUUGAGCCAGGAUGCUGCGCUUCCCCGUGAAGAAGAUCCGGAAGCAGUUCAAGCUCCUGCUGCUGCUUGUACUACUCACCUCCGCUGUGUGGUUCACCUACCUGCACAUCAACCAGGGCAAGACCAUAAAACUCCACUUCAACUACGGAAAAGAUGGAGAGAGACAGACGGAGGGGACGGACGCCAGCCGUAAGAGGGACGCUCGCUCCUCAGCCGGCCACCACAAGAGUGAGGACACCAGCGACAGCCGAGAGGACGAGACUGCAGAUGAUGAGUCAAUCCCAGGAGUGGCUGAUGGUAGAGACCAUACCCGCAUCCGGAAGUUUCUCAGCCAGCGCCACAAGAAACUGCCAUGGAAACCAGAGUUUAAGGGCCAGGCCAACCUGCAUGUGUUUGAGGACUGGUGUGGCUCUUCUAUAGCCCAACUCAGAAAGAACCUGCACUUCCCCCUCUACCCUCAUACCAGAACCACACUGAAGAAGCUGGCAGUUGCUCCGAAGUGGAAGAACUAUGGCCUGAGAAUAUUUGGCUUCCUUCACCCUUACAGAGAUGGUGAUUUCCAGUUCUCCGUAUCGUCUGAUGAUAACUCUGAGUUCUGGCUGAGUCCUGAUGAGAGCCCUCUCAAUGCCAGACUGCUGGUCUAUGUAGGACAGCUGGGUACAGAGUGGACCGCUCCAGGCGAGUUCAGCAAGUUCAGGUCCCAGUCCUCCAAGUCUGUGCACCUAAUCUCGUCCAGACGAUACUACUUUGAGAUCCUCCACAAGCAGGAUGACAAGGGCUCGGAUCACGUGGAGGUUGGGUGGCGUCCGUUCCUGCCCGGUCUGAAAUAUGAAGUGAUAGACUCGGCCUAUAUCUCCCUGUACACAGAUGAAUCCAGUCUGAAGAUGAACAGUGUGGACCACGUCCCUCAGACCUUGGCCAGUCACAUCCGUCUCCCAGUGGAGGCUCAGCCUCAGGGUCUGCAGGGAGGCAGCAUCACGCAGCACGGAGCGGAUAUGCUGAAGCCGGACCCCAGGGACACCUUCUACAGCACUCCUAUGAUCGACCCCUCCCGACUGGAAAACGUUCUUCCAGCCUGUCUCUACUCCCCAACCUAUGUAGUCAAAGAUUUUCCCAUCGCCAGAUACCAGGGCCUGCAAUUUGUCUAUCUGUCCUUCGUUUACCCCAAUGACUUCACACGUCUCACCCACAUGGAGCGAGAGAACAAGUGUUUCUACAGAGAGUCCCCUAUCUACUUGGAAAAAUUCGGUUUCUACAAAUAUAUGAAGAUGGACGAGGAGGAAGAUGACAGACCGUUCUUCUUCCCCAACCCUGAUGAUUUCCUAGAUGAAGAGGAGAUUGUCGAUAUAGAGGACGAGGCAGAGAUGGUUGGCACACAGUCGCCCAAGAAACCCUCUCAUCCCAGCCAGAGCAGCCACACCUCUAACCCCUCCCAUCAGCACUCAAAGCCUGCACCAACACUAGCUGGCAGAGAAGGGGAAGAAGAGGAGGAGGACGCUGAUGAAGAGGAGGAGGGAGCAGUCAACAGUAUCAUACACCGGAGAGAAAGAAGACACUUUCCUCACAAAGAUGGACAGAUGGAUAGGGAUCUGGACAGGGACUGGGGAAGGGAUCAUACAAACAUGAGACAGGACACCAGGAAGGGACUUGAAGAGCCCCAACCCAGGGUGCUUCAGCCUGACAUGGACAGUGUAGUCCGGGGUCGCUCCUUGUCUUGGAUCCGCACUGGUCCUGCAGAAUUGAGCCCUGGCAGGAAAGGAGGAGGAACAGGUGGUGGAGGAGGAGGAGGAGAGAAGGGAGUUGAGACUCUGCCUAAACUGAGCAAGUCUUCACUCCUUUUCCCUCAAAAGUCCUCCCUCUCUGCCCUUGCCAGCCGAGCCAAGCAGAUCCUCAGCAACUCCGCCCACAGCAACAACCUCCAUGAUAAUACCAAGAAGGAGAAGAAGGAGGAGAACAAGAUCUACAUCACCAGGCCUCGCCCUGCCAAGGAGCGAGAGAAGGACAGGGAGAGGGAAAGGGAGCAGCGGCGAGAGAGGAGGGAGGAGAGGGCAUCUCGCCACCCGAGAGAAGUGUUUCCAGGGGUCUUUCUGUACCAAACUGGCAAGACCACAAGGCUGGUCAACCUGGGUGCCAAAGGACAUGCUGGGAGAGGCAUGGCAGGAGGCAAAAGUCUUGUUAGUGCCCCGCAGCUGUGGCCCAACCCCCCCACAAAAGAGGAUAAGACAUCUCCAAAUGGAAGCGUCCACAUUGAGAAUGAAAGUGUACAGAAGUCUGCCAAUAAGGCAGCAGGGGUAAAACAACAAGGGAAAAGCAGGAGGAAAGGGGAGCCCCGGGAAUUAACUUUGACCACUGUCACUAGUGAUGAACCCAGAAAAGGUGACCCGCUAACCCCACUGUCCCACCAUCAAGAUCUCCCUCCAGUUACCCAGCAACGGUUAAACUCCACAGAAAACACGCUCCAAGGUCAAGCACGGGUCACUUCUUACCUCAGGACCUCCGAGAUCACCGAGUCCCAGCAGCAACCAGACCCAGACCCCAAUCCGGCAGAACUCGGCCAGGAUACAAACCGCUCUAAUCCUGACCCCGACCCUGAUCCCGAACCAGAACCAGAGGAGGGCGAGAUGUCGGACUAUAGCUACGAGGAGGUCGAGGUUCGGCCAGGUUGGGCAGAGGAGAGCAUCAACUGGCAGAGGACCUUCUCAGUCAAUCCGAUGGACUUUGAGCUGCUGCGUUCUGACUGGAAUGACCUGCGCUGCAAUGUGUCUGGGAACCUCCAGCUGGCAGAGAGUGAGGUGGUGGAUGUGCUGGCGCAGUACAUGGAGAAACUCAACGAACGCAAUGGAGGGAUCUACACCCUGCUGCGAAUAGUCAACGUUGAGAAGCGGCGCGACUCGGCGAGAGGGAACCGUUACCUCGUGGAGCUGGAGCUAAUGGAGAGAGGUCGCAGCGUGGUGCGUCUGUCGGAAUACAUUUACCUGCUGCUUCACCGCAGCAGGCAGGGAGAGGAAAGUCUUGAGAACACUGACUUUGCUCCAGCCUCGGCACCGGCAUCCGUCCCGUCUGCUGCCACGUCCAGCCUCACGACACCACCACCCCCUCCUUCCACCAGGUCCCCAGCCCGGCCUGGAGUGACCCCCUGGAGCACCGCCUAUGCUAAGCCUCUGCUCUGCCAGCCGGUCAUGCUCCAGUGGAGGAGAGAUGUCAUGGUGCACUUUGUGGUGCCAGUGAAAAACCAGGCUCGCUGGGUACAGCAGUUUAUCUCCGACAUGGAGAAUCUUCAUCGGCAAACAAAGGACGACAAUUUCAGCAUCAUCAUUGUCGACUUUGAGAGUGAAGACAUGGACGUGGAGCAGGCACUGAGAGAGAGCAGUGUGCCAAGAUAUGAGUAUCUACGGAGAGAAGGGAACUUUGAGCGCUCAGCAGGACUGCAGAUCGGAGUGGACACUAUUGAGGAUAAUCACAGCAUUGUGUUCCUGUGUGAUCUGCACAUCCACUUCCCUCUCAACAUCUUGGAAAGCAUCAGGAAGCACUGUGUUGAGGGACGCCUUGCUUUCGCUCCCAUCGUCAUGAGGCUCAGCUGCGGGAGUUCACCACGGGAGCCUGACGGUUACUGGGAGGUGAACGGCUUCGGCCUGUUUGGAAUCUACAAGUCUGAUUUUGAUAAGAUUGGAGGGAUGAACACGGAGGAAUUCAAAGACCGCUGGGGUGGAGAGGACUGGGAGCUACUGGACAGGGUACUGCAAAAUGGUUUGGAGGUAGAGAGACUACGCCUGAGGAACUUCUUUCACUACUACCACUCCAAACGGGGCAUGUGGAACGCCCAAAACAAGAAAACUCCUAAGGGAUAGCGCCCCCUGCUGUUCGGAUUUUUCUUAAACCUACCUGCAGAUCCACUGUGUGUGAGAGAGAGACAUGUGGGAGCUCGCUCACUGCCUGAACUCUGCCUUUAUUCGAAACAGGCUCCUUUCAGGGAUGCCUCUGUUUCACCAUCGGCCCUUCUUGUACGCUUAUGAAGAAACGGAGUCCAAAUCUGAGCUUUACAAGCGAGCCGUUUACGCAGAUAGACCUGAGUCAUCACUUUGCCUCACUGACUGAACUACUGUACAGAGAGAAGAGAGUUAUUUUUGUUCUCCUUCUCUCUGUCUCUUUUUUUGGUGCAAUGUUUUCAGACAGACUGGAAAGCAGCUGUUAAUGUGUGUGUGUGUGUGUGUGUGUGUGUGUGUGUGUGUGGGUGUAUGCCUGGGUAUGUAUAUAUAAGUCUACGUGGGUGUGUUGCUGCUUGUGUGUGCUCAUGAUGACAGGAAGCACCUUUUUUCUAACAUGGAGAUUUGAAGACAACCUAAGAUCUUUUUUUCUAACAUGCUCUCACAUGGGAGCCACAUAGAAUGUGUGUCAACAUGUUAUUCAGAUAGAUGGUGGCGUAGAUCGUGUAGAGGAACUCUGUCUGGUAAAGCAGUAUUUCUAAAUACAUCAACUACUACCUGUUGGAUAUCAUUAAUCGAGGUGCUGAUGUUCUCCUGAUAGCUGAUAUUAUGAAACAAAGAAAGGCUUUGAAUCAGAGAAGCCUUUUUCCAAACAGAUGCGUCAUCUUUAUAUCUCUUUCUGUCCCUCUCUCUCCCUCUAUAUCUUUGUCUUCAACUAAUUUCUGCCUUUGUCUGUUUCAAUUUCAUGCAAAUGUGUGUUUAUAUCUGUUGACACAUAUUGGCUAUUGGUUAUGACUUGAUUCAUGUUGUUUCAUUAACUGGAGUUUGUUCUGCUGUUAGUUUAAGAAGGAUUUUUCAUUUGUCCUGACUGACUAUGGGUGCACUUGGGGUGCUAUUUUCUGUUCUAAAACAGAUUUGUGAACAGUUUACACCUCUUAAC